UCAACUUGGUUUCAGCUAAUUCCUUUUUUUAGCUGGAUUUUGCUAGUGGGUUUUCUGAAAGGGCGCGAUUCUGAUGAGUUUUUCAGCUAUCGCUGGGGUUUUUCUCAAGCUUCCAAGACUAUUUUUGAGGAUAUGCCGGUGGGUUUUGGUUAGGAUGGCUUUGAAUUGCAAGGCUGCGGGUUUCAAUGGUGGGUUCGCAGCAAAUUCAAAGGCGAAGGAGCUGUCGUUGGGCUCAAAUGAUGGCUGGAAGUGGAGGAGAAUGGUUCUUGUUUUGUGGGCUCUGAGUGGUGUUAUGGUGUCUAUCUGGGUCUUCUCUGAUUUGAAAGAUGGUGGGUUUUCAAGGAGGGAGAAGAUCGUGGGUGCGUGGGAAGAAAAAGAACAGUUCAAUGUCAGCAAGGAUGAAGUCCGGGCCUUGGCCUCUUUAUUCUCAAAAUCAGAUCAGAAAACAUUCCUGGAAUGUAUAGAGAAAUCAUCAAUAGGAAGGCCACAAAGUGAUCAGGCUGCCUAUGCUCUACAAGCACUGCAUUUAGAGAAGAAGUUUCAAAAGCGGCGUGGAUGGGCAAUGCAGAAAAUAGAGACUGAUGAUCAGUGUCCAGCUCAGGAGUCUAUUGAGGGCACAGAUUUCUUUCAUGAACAUGCCAUGUCUUGUAUUAUACAAGAUGAUAUGAUGUCUGGAAAGGAGGUAGAGCAGAACAUGACAAGAAGGGAAGCUGGGUACUCCGAACAGUGUGGCGAAAAGCUCUCAAUGGUUUUACUGAACAUAGGUUGGUGGGUCUUAGUUGGGAUGGCGGUAAACUGUAAAUUCUCGAGUUUUCUUGGCAGAUUGUGGAUGGGCUCAAAGCAGCAGAAGGCUCAACAACAGCAACAGGUUCAGCUGCCGCAGCAGCAACAACAACAGUCACAAAGUUCUAAGGGUGGUUGGGGGUGGAGAAGGAAGCUUUUAUUUGUGUGGGUUGUGGCGGGGGUGAUCGGGUCCACGUGGAUAUUUUGGUCCAUGAGAGAGAAUUUUAUUUCAAGAAGGAAGGAGACUCUGGCCAACAUGUGCGAUGAGAGAGCGAGGAUGUUGCAGGAUCAGUUCAAUGUGAGCAUGAACCACGUGCAUGCAAUGGCCAUCUUGAUCUCGACUUUUCACCAUGGGAAGCAGCCUUCUGCGAUCGAUCAGAAAACAUUUGCAGAAUAUACAGAAAGGACAGCAUUUGAAAGGCCACUGACCAGUGGCGUUGCCUAUGCUCUGAGAGUAUUGCAUUCAGAGAGGGAGCAGUUUGAGAAGGAACACGGAUGGACAAUUAAGAAAAUGGAGACAGAGGACCAAUCUCCAGUCCAAGAGUACAACCCGGAGAAGCUUGACCCAUCACCUGUUCAAUCUGAAUAUGCACCAGUUGUAUUCUCCCAAGAUACAGUCUCCCAUAUCGUGUCCAUCGAUAUGAUGUCUGGAAAGGAGGACCGCGAGAACAUCUUGCGAGCAAGAGCUUCUGGAAAGGGGGUUCUAACCUCACCUUUCAAGCUUUUGAAAUCCAAUCAACUUGGUGUUGUACUGACAUUUGCUGUGUAUAGUACCGACCUUCUGCUAAAUGCCACACCUGAUGAGCGUAUUGCAGCAACAAGGGGGUAUCUUGGCGCAUGUUUCGAUGUUCAGUCACUGGUAGAGAAGCUUCUCCACCAGCUUGCCAGCAAACAAACAAUCGUCGUGAAUGUAUACGAUACAACUAAUGAAUCCAAACCUAUCAACAUGUAUGGUCCUAAUGUCACCGAUACUGGGCCAUGGCAUCUUAGCACCUUGGACUUUGGGGAUCCAUUCCGGAGCCAUGAGAUGCAUUGCAGAUUUAAGCAGAAACCUCCCUUGCCGUGGUCUGCAAUAACGACAUCGGCAGGGGUCCUAGUGAUUGCAUUGCUUGUUGGGCAUAUAUUUCAUGCGGCUCUGAACCGUAUUGCAAAAGUGGAGGAUGACUAUCGCAAGAUGAGGGAGCUGAAAGUCCGGGCAGAAGCUGCUGAUGUUGCAAAAUCACAGUUUCUAGCCACUGUUUCUCAUGAGAUCAGGACUCCGAUGAAUGGCGUCUUAGGCAUGCUGCAGAUGCUGCUGGACACGGAUCUUGAUACAACCCAACGAGAGUAUGCAAAGACUGCUCAAGGUAGUGGGAAGGAUCUUAUAGCUCUAAUAAACGAGGUUCUUGACCAGGCUAAGAUAGAAUCUGGUAGGCUUGAGCUCGAGACUGUCCCCUUUGAUGUUCGUGCUGUUUUAGAUAACGUGAUAUCGCUUUUCUACGACAAGUCACAAGAGAAAGGCAUAGAGUUGGCGGUGUAUAUCUCCGAUCAGGUGCCGGAAAUUCUCAAUGGGGACCCUGGGCGCUUCCGACAGAUUAUUACGAAUCUCGUCAGCAACUCAAUUAAGUUCACGGAACAGGGACAUGUAUAUGUCUCCGUCCAUCUGGCAAACGAGGUGGCUGGAUUGUGUGAGCUGGGCGACGAAGUGCUCAAACAACCUCCGGAGCUACUUAAAAAUGGGAUCAAACCAUCCUAUAAUACAUUGAGUGGCUUGCGGGUGGUCGAUAGACAGAAGAGCUGGGAGAGCUUUAAGAUGUUGGAGAGCGUAAAUUCAACCGAAGUGACCGAUCUGAUCAACUUACUAGUGACGGUAGAGGACACAGGCGUGGGAAUACCACUGGAUGCUCAGACCCGCAUUUUCUUGCCGUUCAUGCAGGCUGACAGCUCGACUUCAAGAACUUACGGCGGGACCGGUAUAGGGUUGAGUAUUAGCAAGUGUUUGGUUGAUCUAAUGGGUGGGGAGAUUGGGUGUGUGAGCGAACCUGGUAUUGGUAGCGUGUUUGCAUUUACAGCCGGUUUCACGAAAGGGCAAGGAAAUGCAACAGAUGCGAAGCGGCAGCAAUCUGAGUCCAUGGCAUCGGAGUUUGGAGGAAUGAAAGCAUUGGUGGUUGAUGGAAGAAGCAUCCGGGCUGAGGUCACAAAGUAUCAUCUGCAGAGAUUAGGAAUACAUGUGGAAAUUGCUGUCAACCGGAAAUCUGCGUUCUCAUGUAUAUUGAAUGCGUGCAAUUCGAGUGCAACCGAACGCUUAGACAUGGUCCUCGUUGAUAAGGAAGCUUGGGGUAAGGAAAUGGACCUCAUAUUCCCCCGUCUCCUCAAGGAGCUUAAACAGAAUGGGAGACCAAAGCCCAUGGAAAAUCUUCCAAAGAUGUUCCUCUUGGCAACUUCCAUAAGCUCCCCUGAGCUGGAUGAGUUGAGAUUGGCAGGAUACAUAGAUAAUGUGAUAAAGAAGCCGCUUCGGUUGAGCAUGAUGAGUGCGUGUCUCCAACAAGCCCUUGGGAUAGGCAACAAGCAGCAUCAGGAUAGAGGCCAACCGUCAACCCUCCUGAAUCUACUAAGCGGGAAGAAGAUCUUGGUUGUCGAUGACAAUGUCGUGAAUCGCAGGGUCGCCGCCGGGGCAUUAAAGAAGUAUGGUGCCGUUGUUGCAUGUGCAGACAGCGGCAAGUCUGCUUUGGCAAUGCUGCAGCCGCCCCAUGAGUUCGAUGCUUGCUUCAUGGAUGUUCAAAUGCCAGAGAUGGACGGGUUUGAAGCCACAAGAAAAAUCCGCUCUACAGAAAACAAGGUGAAUGAGCAGAUUAAGUCGGGGGAAGUGUCGAAAGAGAUGUAUGGGAAUGUGGCCCAUUGGCACAUGCCCAUACUAGCGAUGACGGCGGAUGUGAUUCAGGCAACAAACGAGGAGUGCUCGAGGUGCGGAAUGGACGGUUAUGUCUCAAAACCGUUUGAAGAGGAGCAGCUCUAUGCUGCAGUGGCCCGUUUCUUUGAGUCCGAUGCAGUGGAGCUGGCAUGUUAGUAGCUAUUCAUUGAGUUCCGUGCCUGAGUAUUGAAUCUGGUUGGUGGUGGGACGGCCAGUCAACCAAUCUGGGUGUUGGGAGUGAGCUAACAAGCCUCUCUUGCUACGGGGUGGGCGUGACGUCCGAUCUUGACCAGAUUCCUAUAGGCUUCUUGCUACGUCCAGACUUGAUAAGACUCGGGGCAACUCGAAUGGCACCAACGCAUGACCUGACUUGAACUCAGGACUUUCCUUGAGCUAGACUGAAUUUUUAGCCAUCCAUCAGGCAUGCCAUGCUGUACAGAUAACCUGUGGGAAAAAAGUGGCUAGUCCAGUCAUCAGCGGGCCAGAAAUGUGGACGGGAAUGCAAGGUGAUGGGCUCCGACCAGUGGGUCCCACGGGCAUCGAAAAGAAACGCUUGGCUGCUUGGAGAGAAACAAUCAUGAGGUAGUGGCCAAUCUCGUAUUACAUAACUGUUGUAUAAUUACCAUAGGAAACUAAGACAGGAGCUGUUCCAACUUACAUGCCGAUACAUGGCUUCGGGAUAUUCUUGUUGAAGUAGGUAGUGAGGUUGCGGUUGUAAAAGAGCAUGUCGGUUACCUCUCACCGACUGUCGGUGUUUGAGAUUUUGGAUUUGAAGCGGAUUCCGAUGGGAGUUUUAGGUGUACUUACAUCACGGAUUGGUGCUGCUUAGUUUGGAAUUUUCAGUUCAUUUGGCUUUGUAUUAUAUAAAUAUGAUUUAUAGCUAUUUAUAUUUUUCUCCCA